UCCCCUUCUUCUUCGUCUUCUUGUCUUUUGAUUGCCUACAAAAUGAGAAGCUCCCUCCCCUUGCUACAGACAGGUUUCCUUCAGUCCAAUUCUGGCACCAAUGACUUUACAGUACCAGGACUCUAGCAAGCAGCAUUAUCCAGACCCCAUCCCCUCCCCCCCCUUCUCCCCACCAUCCUGGAUACAGAUCUAUACCUACAGUAAUAGGAGCACAUGUAUUUGUGAUGGGAGUACCACUCAGAUCUAAUAUAGAUUUAUUCUAACCUGGCUACGCGACUGCAGAUAAAACAGACUUUUCUCUCCUGCGUACAGCUCCUUGUCAGAAGGAAAACUCAACUGGAAAUAUCCUUUUUUUGGAGGGCAUUGAAGGUGCUGUUAGAAGCUUAAUAUUUUUUUAAAAAAAAAAAAUUAAUAAUUUCUAGAAGAAAAUGAAUUCAUUGAAGCAUGCGGACUCUUAGCCAAGGCUGCGGAAUCAGAUCGCAAGCCCACGCCAGAAGGUAACUGUGCAACAUUAUCGAGUGGGCUCUCCCUGCUUCUUAGAAUGAGUAAUUGCAGCAGCCGGGCAUUGACCCUACUCAGUAGUGUCUUUGGGGCAUGUGGUCUCCUUCUAGUAGGUAUAGCUGUAAGCACUGAUUACUGGCUCCACAUGGAAGAGGGGAUUGUUCUACAACAGAACCAGACAACAGAAGUAAAGAUGGCUCUUCACGCAGGACUUUGGAGGGUGUGUUUUGUAGCUGGUCAGGAGAAAGGUCGCUGCGUAGCAUCGGAAUUUUUCCACGGGCCUGAUACCGAUAUUGUUACGGAAAAUACAGCAAACAUACUCAAGACAAUCCGCAGUGCCACCCCAUUUCCAAUGGUCAGCCUUUUUCUUGUGUUCACGGCCUUUGUAAUAAGUAACAUUGGGCAUAUUCGGCCCCAGAGAACCAUUCUUGCUUUUGUUUCUGGAAUCUUCUUUAUACUAUCUGGUCUUUCCUUGAUAGUGGGUUUGGUCCUCUACAUCUCAAGCAUCAAUGACGAAGUCAUGAACCGGCCCAGUAGCUCAGAACAGUAUUUUCAUUAUCGCUAUGGAUGGUCUUUUGCAUUUGCAGCUUCAUCAUUUCUCCUGAAAGAGGGUGCUGGUGUAAUGUCCGUCUACCUUUUCACCAAACGCUAUGCUGAAGAGGAAAUGUACCGUCCCCACCCUGCCUUCUACCGACCCCGGCUCAGCGACUGCUCCGACUACUCAGGUCAGUUUCUUCACCCUGAGGUAUGGCAUCGUGGCCGCAGUCCUUCAGACAUCUCCAGUGAUGUGUCAAUCCAGAUGACUCAAAACUAUCCGCCAGCCAUCAAGUAUCCAGAUCACAUACACAUAUCUACGUCACCCUGCUAGAGUCACAAACAACUGGAAAAUCUUUGGAAGUGGCUAUGUAUCUCCAUAGGUUCAACCUCUCCAGGCAGACAUCAGUGUUGCCUGUUUAAUCAGAGACAGUGUUCCUUGGAGCUCAACAGUGAACAUUUACUUCCAAGUGUCUGGAUUGCUACAGUUCCUCAUCUCAUCUUAAUCCACAUUUUCUUAUGUAUGCCCUUGUUUUACAGCCAUUCAGUCAUCCCAACAAGAAUUUCUUUGUUAUGCUCAUGCUUCAUGAAAUUGGAGCAUUUUUGGUGGCCACAACACUCCGCCUAUAAGUUUGUCUUCAAAGUUUUUUUUUAGAUCCUUAAUUCCAGCCAUUGUGGCCUCCUGCAGAGCCUUUUCUUAACUAAGCCAAGGGAUUCUUGACAUAAAGAAAACCUGCACUACAAGCCAUGUGAACAAUUUUUUCUUGAUUUUAGAAUGGAAAUCAUAAGCUGGAACAAAAAAGUAUUUGAGAAAAAAAUCAUUUUCUUCCACGUUAUUUGGAUGAGCCAUUUAGAAAACUAUUGAUACAUAGUUAUUGGGCAAAUCCUCUUGACACCAAUGUAAAGGGAAAAUAAUAUAAGUCCUCCAAAAAUAACUUUGUACUCAUGAUUUACUCAAGACUCUACAGCCUGGGCAAAUGUCUAUUCUUUUUAAUACCAUUAUUUGUGACACCCAAGACUAUCAGCGUGUAGGGAUACUAAAAACAUGUUAUUAAUUUGUACAUGAUAAUUUUGUUUCUUUUAAUUUUCCUAAAGGUUUCCAAUACUAAACCCUGUUGCUAAUAAAAGAGGAUGCAGAAACAUGCUCAUAAA